CAAAAAUAUAAUCAUCUUCUAUUACACCAUCUUGACAGAUCAGUAAAUGAGGCAAGAACUGGAUAAAAAUGAAUUUCAGUAUGUUUCCCUGUUGCUGAAGUGUGUUCAGCGAUUCUUCAUAGAUGGACUCAGAGAAGAUGAGCCUUUGCUAAUUCAGCAGGGACUGAUCCCAAAGAUGGUUUCCUGGUUUGAAAGGACAGCAGAAUUUCUAAGCAUGGAGGACAGUGCGUCAGAUCUAUCCCUGAUUCGUGUUACAGAAGACUUCUUUGACACAUCAUUGAUUAUUUCCAGGAGUAGUAGUAAAGGGAAAAUUCAGAUGUUGGACUCCUUCAUGCUUAGCUUAGGAUUUCUGGUGACAAGAGCGACUGUUACUCAUUUGAUUCGACAUGAGGCUUUGAAGACCUUGAAUGGCAUUUUGGAUGCUAUACCUCGGGAAGACAGGAAAAAACUCCCUUCGUCAGAAGACGUGUGUGUUCUUAUGAAAGAACUUGCAAGGACAAUUGUGACUGUGGGUGAUUAUGACCAGCAGGUUGCUAUUUCUGAAGCCUUGUGUAGACUGGUGAUUAAAAAAUCAAGGGGUGACUUUGUACAUCAGUGGUUUGAAGAUGAGGACAUUGCUAAAGGUUUUGAAGAAAUGAAGGAUCGAGAAUUUGAGACGGACAGUAGACAGUUUCUCAAUCACCUAAAUGAAAGCCUUGGUGACGAAAGAAGGGUCUACUCAUUUCCAUGCAUUGCUGCUUUUGCUGAUGGGCAUGAGAUGAGAAAACCGGCAGAUGAAAAGUUAGAGAAAUUUUGGAUUGAUUUCAACCUGGGAAGUCAGAGUAUAACAUUUUAUAUAGACAACCCCGAGAGUGCUCUGUGGGAUUCAGUAAGGCUUUUCAAGGAAGCAGUGAUUAACUUCAGCAUAAUGGAAACUGAGAAGAUGAAGAUGCUCUUCAUUUACCUGGAGAAUCCUAUUAUUGUCAGCAACAAAGAAGUGAUGAAAAUAGAAGUGCAUUUUGAUUUGCAAUUCAACAUCACACAAGCUUCUAUCAAAGCUUUAGGAGAAGACAAACAGCUAUUGCCUGGCCAAACAAAAAUCUCCACAGAACUUUUUGGUAAGCUUGAGAAAGAAGACACUGAGAUGCCUACUAGCCAUGGAAAAGAGACAGACAGGGCAGAAGAAUCCACCGACCGGGCAGAGUUAAUGAGUGUUGGAGAUGACCGUUGCCUAAUAACUCUGCCCUUAAAUGAGCAGCCUGAGUCAGCCCAAACAAAUACAGCUGAUAGUUCACCCAAAAAAUUGACACUGGACAAUACCCCACAAGUUACUUCAAAACAUGAGCAGUCUUCAGAUUUACAAGAUCCACCAGUUAACAUUCAGGUUCCUGAAUUAAACGACAAAUCUAGGGCAUAUUCUGCGUUCAAGGGCGACAGGAACCAAGAAGGCAGCAUAUCGAAGUUUGAUUACAGGAAGCAUCUUUUCUCUGAGAGUAAUCAAGAGUCAAGUAACAGUUCCAGUGAGAUAUCUUGGACCACUGUCCAAAAAAGGAAAUCUCUCAAACCAUAUUCCAAUAGAAAAAAGACAAAAGUCAGAAGUAGCUUACGAGUUUUGCCACAUUUCUCUCUCAGCAGUAGCAGUGAUCACGAGAAAGACCAAGUUAAACUUCUAACACCGUUAUGGAAAGAUACCUCCAGGCAAAAUGACACCACGCCUCCCAAAAUUUCUGGAUCAAAAUACCAGAGUGGUUCUGCAUUUUUAACUCCUGAGGAGUCUACCCAGAUGAAAGAACUUCGAAGUCCCCACCCACUGAGUGAUCUCUCCUCCUUGGAGCACCCAGAAGUUGAAGAAAAUGCAUCAGAGAUAGUGAACCAAGAGAUGAAAAGCCCUAGCUUCAAACGUAAGCUGCAGAACUUGGAAGACAGAGACAUAUCGAGUGGUAGUUUUCCCAAGUCUAAACAGUCGAAAUCAGAGGAGGAAGAUGUUCCGGGAUCCCUUUCUUCGGAAACAGAAGGAAAAGACUUGGCAGAAGGAACUUCUGCCCCAUCCCUGGAAGCUAUCCCAGAGAGUUUGAGUGGUUCUGCUGUUAUCUCAACCUUUGAAAACUUCACCAAAGAACUGAAAAAAAAUUACCAGGUUAGGUACAGAAAGAGCCAACUUUAUUCAAAAACUGCAAAGAAAGCACCAGAUUGCCUAAUAAAGCUUUUAAACCAGAUAUAUCAGCGCAGACUGGAUAAACUAGAGCAGUUUCACGAUUUUGUUCUUCAAGAGCUGAGCAAUCUUGAGAAGGAUAUUCAUGCUCUGAAAAAACUUGAAAAGGAUGUUCUGGAAUUUUGGAGGAAACAGUCUGUUGACUUGAAAUCAUUCUGUGAUUUGCAAUUGCUAAGGCUCAAUCCGAUUCAGCCUUCAUGAGGAGAGCCAAAGCCUGUGUUGUUAGUGAAUCACUGAGUCCAAACCUCCUGAAGAAGACUGUGAUGGAGCUACUGUUGGCUCAGGCUUUCUACCACUCUCUGUGCUCAUACAUUUUGUUCCACUGCAAAUGGAAUCCCUGAUAAUUGUUGAGUUGGAAUAGAAUGUAAUAUGUCAGUAGUUUGCAAUUGUGUUAUUGUCCAUUUGUUCACAAAGUCAACCUUUUGUAUUAAAAUUUGAUCAGAAAAUAUGAAGUUCAGGAUUAGCCACUUUGAAUGAUACUGCUUUUUAAAAUGAUUUUAAAGGUAAAAUUGAUUUUUAUUUGAAAAGUGUCUUUAAGUUUUUUGGGGGACAGACAACCUUAAGAGCAUCUGUAUAAAUAAGAUUCAGUGUACCUCUU